ACAUAAUUGUCUCAAACAGAGUCGGGUCGGGUCGUCAUCAAAAUCCUUUUAACAGCAAACCCUAAUUGCCGCCGUUAUCUUCCUUAGCUUCUCCCUAAACCCUUCUUUUCCAAACCUUCUCAAGCUUCGCUCUCAGAGAUGGCGAAGUGUGGUAAAAAGAGCAAGAGUAAGAGGGUGACCUUGAAGCAGAAGAACAAGGUCCUUAGAAAGGUGAAGGAGCACCACAAGAAGAAGGCAAAGGAGGCUAAUAAGCUCGGGUUUAACCGUAAGGCUAGAGCAGAGAAGGACCCAGGCAUCCCCAAUGACUGGCCUUACAAGGAGCAAGAGCUUAAGGCCUUAGAAGCUCGACGCGCCAGUGCCCUCGAGGAGAUUGAACAGAAGAAAGAGGCCCACAAAGAAAAGGCUAAAAAGAGGAAGCUUGAGGAUGAGGAUACCAAGAGUGGAGAUGACUCAAGUAGACUUGUCAAUGUUCGAGAUAACUCGGAGAGGGCUUUCUACAAGGAGCUUGUGAAAGUCAUUGAACUGUCCGACGUCAUUCUCGAGGUUCUUGAUGCUCGUGAUCCCCUCGGCACGCGUUGUACCGACAUGGAGAGGAUGGUGAUGCAAGCUGGUCCCAAUAAGCACCUAGUGUUGCUUCUCAACAAGAUUGAUCUUGUUCCCAGAGAGGCUGCUGAGAAAUGGCUUAAGUACCUUAGGGAAGAGUUUCCAGCUGUUGCCUUCAAAUGUAGUACACAGGAACAGAGAUCAAACUUGGGUUGGAAGUCUUCAAAGGCGUCGAAACCAAGUAAUAUUUUGCAGACAAGUUCAAAGGCGUCGAAACCAAGUAAUAUUUUGCAGACAAGUUCAAAGGCGUCGAAACCAAGUAAUCUUUUGCAGACAAGUGAUUGUCUUGGAGCAGACACUCUUAUCAAGUUGCUGAAGAACUACUCGAGAAGUCAUGAGUUGAAAAAAUCUAUCACAGUUGGUAUUAUCGGACUACCCAAUGUCGGGAAGAGUAGUCUUAUCAACAGUUUGAAGAGAGCUCACGUUGUCAACGUCGGCGCCACUCCUGGACUGACUAGGUCUCUCCAAGAGGUUCACUUGGACAAAAACGUGAAGCUGCUGGAUUGUCCUGGAGUUGUGAUGCUCAAAUCUUCAGCGAAUGAUGCUUCUAUAGCUCUCCGCAACUGUAAAAGGAUCGAGAAGUUGGAAGAUCCAGUUAGUCCAGUGAAGGAGAUACUCAAGCUUUGUUCACCGCAAUUGCUGGUGACUCUGUACAAGAUCCAGAGCUUCGAGGCGGUUGAUGACUUUCUUUAUAAAGUGGCUACCGUUAGGGGUAAGCUUAAGAAGGGUGGUCUUGUGGAUAUUGAAGCUGCUGCGAGGAUUGUGUUGCAUGACUGGAAUGAAGGUAAGAUUCCUUUCUAUACAAUGCCGCCAAAGAGAGACCAAGGUGAACACGCAGAGUCAAAGAUUGUGACGGAGUUGGCUAAGGAGUUCAACAUCGAUGAGGUUUACAGUGGUGAGUCUUCUUUCAUUGGGAGUUUGAAGACUGUUAGCGACUUCAACCCUGUUGAGAUUCCUUCCAAUGGUUCUCUCAACUUCGAUGAAACUAUGAUUGAGGAUGGGUCUAAGACUCAGACCAAAGAAGAAGAGGCUGGUCUUGACAAUGAUGGUGAUGAGUCUAUGGGAGGGGAGGAGGAGGAGGAGGAGGAGGAAGAAACAGGAAAGUUGAAGUCAGAGGCGAGCAGGCAGAACAGGAAGCUAUACGCAGCUGAGAGCAUGCUUAAUACAAAGAGGCAGAAAGCAGAGAAGAGGCAGAGGAAGAAGGCGAAGAAAGCAGCAGGUGGUGAGGAUCUUAUGGACGGAGAUUAUGAUUUCAAAGAAGAUUAUGGGAAGAAGAACAAAGAUACAGCCAUGGAUGAAGGAGAUGGUUUCCAGAUUGAUGCUAAAAUACCAAUGGCUGCACUUCUUGAUUUGCCUGAAGAAUGAGUGAUCUUAAACAAACAAUCGUUUUGUUCUUUGUGUUUAUUUAUGUGCUACUAAUCAUACAUGUGGUUUGCUUCAUCAAGCGAUUUUGAUUCUACUGUACC